UUACGGUUUGUUGUACCUGUAGAAAUGGAUUUGUGUGAAGGCUAUCAAGAAAAUUUCACUCAAAUGCCAUUAAAUUAUGUCUAACACCAUAUGUGUGGUUUACUACCUGAUUUAAAAAAAGAAAAAGAAGUAAAGACGAGACUUUUGUCUGAAGAAGUUGUGUAGGUAGGGAUUUGACUAACAGGAACAGAGUGGUAAUGGAACGCUGAAGAGAGGGUUCGAGUCAAAGACUAUGCACAAAGCAAAAACCCAGUGUGGAAAGCAGGGUGUGUCUGCAAAGGGCUUGAUGAGGAAGACACCAGUCCAUAGGGUCAGCUACAGAGUGGGAUACACAUGGAACAGAGGUGGACGACUCAAAGAGAUCAGGAUACGGCAUCUUGCACGGAAGUUCCUUCACCUCUGGAUUCAGAAGACUUUUGGAAGAAUCACUCCAUCACGGGCCAGGUCUCACCACAAUAAGGUGGUCCUGAGGAAGGUUCUGAGGGCCUGGAAAGAUGAGUGGUGGCAUGCCAGAAGAGAGUGGACACUGACUAUUAGAGCAGAUUGUCACUAUAAGUAUGUCCUGUACAGUAAAUUGUACCAAGCCUGGUGUGAAUAUUUGUCUAUUCAGAAAGAAGAGAACAAAAAGCUGCAGAUCGCACUCAUCUUUGCGAAGCGGCAUCGGAUGCGUGUCGUGUGGGAUGGCUGGGAGCUGUAUGUGGAAAUGAGGCGCUUAAAGCACAGGAUGUAUGACACAGCCCUAAAACACUACAGACGCACUGCUACUGGGUGGGUGUGGACUGCAUGGCAAACUGCACUACAGCAACGCAGAACAGAGCAUGUUCGUGAAGACUUCGCUUUACAGCAAUGGACUAUGUCUGUACAGAGCAAAGCAUGGCUGCAAUGGAAAAAGAAAUAUGCACAGGCAUGCAUCUUGAGAGAGAAGGAAGCCACAGCACAUCUUCAGUACUGCCAGCAAAUCCAAAAACGUGUACUACAAUGCUGGAUUACACACACUCAACACAAAAAGGUUAAAAAUGAGGCAAAAGCUGUGGCUAGCAGUGUAUGGCGCUGCUCUGUGUUGAGGAGAUACUGGUGUGCGUGGCACAGAGCUUUGCAAAACAGAGAGACUGACAGAGUUAAAGGACAGAUUGCAGAGAAUCUAGCACUGCAGGCCACUCAACGCCGGGCAUUUUCACAUUGGAGAGAUUAUGUGCACAUGUGCUCUGUAAAGGCCAAGAAAGAACAGACUGCCAUUCAGCAUCGACACCUUCACCUGCUGCGUGUAGGGUUUAAAGGCUUGACCCUAAAUGCCACUCGCUGUAAAACUCAUCAGUUGAACAAGAACAUUAGUGCAAAGCAUCUUCGGCACACAAUGAUGGUGAAAUAUUGGAAGCGUUGGCAGUUGCGCUUGGAGCAGAUCGAGGAAAGGCGUGUUCAGCCCCAAAUCACUGUCGCAGUGAACUAUCACAGAAUGGCAGUGCUGAGAGUUUAUCUUCACAGAUGGAGGGAGCAAUGCAAAGAGCACAGACACAUGCAGGAUUUAGAGUUGCGAGCUGACUCUUGGUUUGAAAGCCGGAUCCUUCCAAAAUAUAUGAAAUCCUGGACAGAGUUUACGAGACAAAGAAUAGAGCACAGAGAGAGGAAAGAAAUAGCCGAACAGUGUCAUCAACAGCAGAUGUACAGCUGGGCUUUUUAUACCUGGUGGGAACGUUGUGUUCAUCAGAGAGACCAGAGACUGGCGGAGAGAAUGGCUGUGUUGCAUGCAGAGCGAGUGUGUCUGUCCCAUGCCUGGUCUAAGUGGUUGUCCAGGAUGUUUCAGCAGAGAGAGGACCGGCUCAAAGAAAUGAAAGCUGCAACAUUUUGCAGUCGCACUCUUCUGCACAAAACUCUGAAGCAGUGGCGACACAAUGUCAGCAACAUUCAGAGGAGUCAGAGAUGUUUUGAGCAGGCAGUGGUCCAUGACAGCCAGCAGUCCAUGAGGCGAGCUCUGAUUGGUUGGCGUAAGUAUAUAGAGUGCAGAAGAGAGAAGUACAGGCGAUUGAUGCAAAUUGAUGAGUAUUAUGAAGGAAGACUGCUCAAGCACAUGUUCGAAACGUGGAAGCAACACCAUGCACAGAUCCAGCAAGUCAAUCUAAGUGUAGAAGAACGUCACCAACAACAUCAGAAGCAUCUGCUCAGGAGGAUGCUGCAUUUGUGGAGGAGGAAUGUACGUCUGUCAGUGGAGGAAAAAGAGAAAGAGACACGAGCAAAAUGUCAUUAUCAACACAGCUUACUGUCAAAGGUGUUAUUAGCAUGGCAUCAGAGAUCAGCAUUCAAAGCUUUUCAUCAUCACCAGCAGGAGGAAGCACUGAGCAAAGCGCAACUUCACUUGGACAAAGUUCGUAUGCAGGCAGUUCUUAGGAGGUGGAGAGAGAAACACAGUGAGGUGAGAGAAGAGAGGCUGUCUAUGGAGAAAGCCUGCAAAUGUCACCGCCGUAUCCUUCUCAAAAAAUGUCUCAGGGCCUGGAUCUUGAAUAAUUACCGACAAAAACACUAUCAGGUCAUGAAAAACAGAAGUACUGAGCUACACAGAUUAAGAGUGUGUCAGCAUUUUUUUAUCCUCUGGAAAGCACAGCUACAGAGCAGAAGAAGAGAGGCAGAGCUAACAGAGAUAGCCCUUUGGCACUGGUCCCUGAACCUGCAAGCCAAGGUGCUCUGUGCGUGGAGAUACUGGGUUACUGAGUGUCAAAGAAAAAAGAGGCGUCUUGCAGCAGCAGCUCAAUUCUACAGAGAUGAACUGCUACAAGAAGGCGUUAGCCACAUCCUUACAUACACAACACAUAUGAGUGCAUUCUCCACAAACAUGGCUCUCCACAGCCAUGAACAGAAUUCACGGCAGCUGCAGGCUGUGGUAAGGCGCUGUGCCUUCAGAUGGAAGCAGCGGGCGUUGUGCAAGCCUUCCAGAGUCAGCGAGACAAAUAAAAAUGACAGAGCCCCUAAAACAAAAAAGACUGUAUCCUUCUCCUUGCCUGAAGACCACAACCACACCUACCAACCAAUCAGGAGCCCAGCCACAGAGCAGAGGGCAGGAGAUUCCACAGUAAACAAACUGCUGUUGACUCGAGCAUCUAGGACUCAACCACGAAGGCCUGAUGAUUUAUUUCACUCCCCAGCCAAAGAACUGCUAUGGAACCUAAGGCCUAGCAAACAAAGUCAGACAGACAGUAAUCACAAAGCAACACGCCCUGGGAGUGCUCAGACUGACACUGGAUCCAAAUCAACUUCAGCAUCUGUUCCAGUGCCUUGUCCGUCCCACUCUGUUUCACUUCCAUUCACCCAGCCUCAGCCCUCUGGACUUUCUCUGUCCACUUCGCUGCAGCCUCCAGUCCUGGCCUUCAGGUCUGCUUCGACAGGAAACUCCACCAUACAGAUUAGUGCUGGGAACCAAGAGCUACUGCUUCCUCCUUCUUCAUUUACUGCAUCUAAAUCACUGUUCAAGCAGACAAGUUCCAGACAUAAGGAUCCCUCACUCCUCUCCCCUCAAGAUUUCAUCCAACCUAAGCUACCUCACCAAACAGGUGUGUGUGAAAGUGUUUUUGUGGAUGCGGAAGAUGAUGACAAUGAAGAGCCCAUGCUCUUGCAGACAAGCAGUGAUCCUACUGAAGCUCUGAAGAGGGAGCUCCAUGAUAUCAGGCUCGACCUGCAGAGAUAUCAGCAAGACAGAAAUCAGCUGCAGACAUGGCGCAAACUUCAAAAAGUGAUGAGAAAUUGGCUCCAGACAACAGGCAGUGAUGCAGAUACUGAAGAAAGAGAGAGCAUUAUACAAGAAAUAAGCGAGCUAGAGAUCCGUAUUUCUGCUCUGUCUGAGAAAAUGACUGAUCGGAAGCCCAUCGUGAUCUGCCAUGCUGCAAGAGUCAGCAGUAUAGAAAGCCAGCUGCUGAGAGCCAACGUUAAAAUAUAGAUGUCAUGCAUUCUUUUAUGUUGUUGUGUUUUGCACCCCUUCUGGAUUACCUGAAUGGAUCAGAUAAAGCUGAGGAAUUAGGAAUUGCUUGAAACCUGUAGCUAUUAACCUUGAGAGUCAUGUCAAAUUAAGUUCUUGCUAUCUGUCAGACUUAAACUAUCAGGAAACACGGUGAUGUAUUUUGCAAAAAAUGUAGGCCAAGUGUAGGAAUAGCAGCAACCGAAAGUAUUAUAUAUUUUCAUGCUUACCAUUUAUUUAUUUAUUUGUAACAAAAACAGUUUUAUAUUUGUAGAUCUUUGUGUGUAGUUUUAUGUAAAUAAAUUGUCCUUUUUAUAUUU